AUAUAUAUUGUAGGCAGUGCUGAUCGGACAAAAAAGACAUUUGAAGAUGAGAAAGGACAAUGGACAUUUUCCCUCGGUUUUUGACAUUAUAAACUAAAUAAAGAAUUCAUCAAGAAAAUAAUCAGAUCAAUUUAUGAUGACAAACAUGUAAGUCGCAUCCCUAAACAUGUAUAUAGCAGACAAAGUCUUCUGUGUUUAAAAUCUUCAUUCACACCUCUUCCUAACUCAAACUUUCAUUUGGAGCCAAAUUAAAACUUUUAUUUUGAAGGACAGCACCGUGCAUCCGGUCUCGCUACGUCUUUCUGUUUGGGUUAAACUCAGCUUUCCAUUUGACCGUCAGUUUUACCGAUUUGACCUGCGCUUAAUUUAAAAAGAAACUGAGACAUGCAAGUUUGUUCACACUGUUGUUGUUGUUUUCGAUCUACACGGCGGCUCGGAACUGUUUAGCUUAGCCGACUAGCUAGCUAGUUAGCCCGCAGCAAUGUCAACGUGGCAGAGGCUGCACGUGAAGGUGCGGACGGCUCACGGACUACUUGCCUCCUCCAGACGGGUGACAGAGCGGCACACACGGCUGCUCGGAAAUGUAACGUUGUGUCAGAGCCUGAGUACAGGCAGACCUCUCCGCAACGACUUCUUCAAAGAUCUGGAGGCCGAGCUGGCAGCCAUGAGGAAGAGGGCGGCGGACGCGCUGCCCGGGAGCAGCUGGAGCCCCUUCGAGCUCAACCCGCACCUUCCUCCGGAGAGGGCCGACAUUGUGAUCGUUGGCGGCGGCGUGGUGGGCUGGUCCAUCGCCUACUGGCUGAAGCAGAAGGAGAGGGUGCGAGGAGCGCUGAAAGUUGUCGUGGUGGAGAAGGACCCAACGUACUCCCAGGCCUCCACCGUGCUCUCUGCUGGGGGGAUCCGACAGCAGUUCUCCCUGCCUGAGAACAUCCAACUCUCCCUGGCCUCCGCAGACUUCAUGAGGAACAUCAAUGAACACCUCGACGUGUUGAACGAAGACCCUGUGGACCUGCAGUUCAACCAAUCAGGAUACCUCUUCCUGGCAAGUGAGAAGGUGGCUCACAUCAUGGAGGAGAACUACAGCACCCAGAGGUAUGCUGGAGCCAAAGUUUCACUUCUCUCUCCCACACAACUGAAGGACAAAUUUCCAUGGAUAAACACAGAUGGUGUGGUGCUUGCUUCCUACGGGCUGGAGAACGAGGGCUGGUUUGACCCCUGGACUCUGCUGAACGCCUUCAGAAGAAAGGCCAUCUCAAUGGGAGUCAUCCAGUGCUGUGGAGAAGUUACAGAUUUUCAAUACACAGUAAACGUGAUGACAAAUGCUGCUGGUGACAACGUGGAGUUCAGGAGAAUAAAAUCUGUCAAAGUGCAGAUGCCUCACAGCCUGGAGUACCAGCCGAUGGAAUGUGCCAUUGUGGUGAAUGCAGCGGGAGCCUUUUCUGGUAAAGUGGCAGAGAUGCUGGGAAUUGGCUUCGGCCCCAAAGACACCAUCGCUGGAAUUCCUGUGCCCGUUGAGCCUCGGAAAAGGUAUGUGUAUGUAGUCCACUGUCCUGAUGGUCCAGGUCUAGACACUCCAUUCCUGAUUGAUUACUCUGGAGUUUACUUCAGAAGAGAGGGCUUAGGAGGGAACUACAUUGCUGGGGCAUCACCUGAAGAGGCGGAGGAGCCAGAUAUCAGUAAUCUGGAGGUGGACCACCAGUUUUUUGAGGAAAAGAUUUGGCCCAGUUUGGCCUAUCGUGUUCCUGCUUUCGAGAGACUUAAGGUGACCAGUGCAUGGGCAGGUUUCUACGACUACAACACCUUCGACCAGAACGGCAUCAUCGGUAUGCACCCUCUGGUCAACAACAUGUACUUUGCCACCGGCUUCAGUGGCCACGGCCUGCAGCACUCCCCCGCGGUGGGUCGUGCUGUGGCAGAGCUGAUCCUGGAUGGAAACUUUAAAACGCUGGACUUGAGCGAACUCAGCUUCAAACGGAUUCUGGCGCAGGAGCCCAUGCUGGAAAGGAACAUCGUGUAGAUGAUCCAAACUUGGUCUUAUUUUCAUAGCUGUGAACAUUAUUCCUGUCAGUAAUAAUAACAUUGUACUCAACAUUGCAAUUGCUGAGAUCUGGGAAUGAUCGAGACUGUUUUCCUAAGGAAAGCGACAGCAUCGGUGUCAAGACUUCUCAAAGCCAAAGCAAUUAUGAUUCUUCAUAGUGUGACAUCUGUGUACACCCUUCGGUCCACAGAGGGAUGAUGGUGGUGGAUGGAUGGGUCAACAAAAUGUCAGACUUUAACACUAGAGAUCGCUGUUCGUGCCCCGUUUCGUUCCUCUGAGUUAGACAUAAUGUCGUCCUCCGGCAGCCAACACUAGCUUGAAUCCUGUAUGAGAGGAGCAGUCGACCAGACUUGAGUUCAUGUAUUGAUUGACAGCCGUGAGCUCCCACUGCUGAUGUUGGCCUUCUCUGAUUAGUUCGAAGUAGUCAUCCGUUUGUCAUGGUAGUCUCAAGGUAGUUUCAAUCCAACCACAAUAAUUUUCCAGAGUCAGAAAACGGUUUUAUUUUUGCAGCAGUGAUACGUGUCGCUCUGAUGGGCAGUUAGUUAAUUUUGUUGUUUCAUGUCACCCUCUUCAGCUUUGACAUACUGACCAUUGUAGUUAUCAGCAAUUCCCAUUUUGUGAACUCAAGUUGAUUUCUAAUGAUAUUUAUGUACCAUUUUAUUUCUUUAUAAAAUCCCCUUUGCACUUGUCUUGACUUGAAAGUCUUUUCAGUGGAGGUCAUGGAAAAGUGUUUCAGAGAGGCAUGUUGCUGACGAUUCAGUUCCAUCCAUGUAGUCUCACUUAGUUUUAGACAUUGUUCAUGUCACACUGGUCCAGGGCUGAGUGACUGGUGGAGGAAUCCAUUGAUGUAUUGAGAGGUAGCUACAUUUACUUUUCACAGAUGAGAUGAAAGACGGGACAUGGUUUGGUUUCCUGUGUAGAGUAUUACUGACUUCAGUGAGUACAGCAGUUUCAUAACCGAUAGAAAUUAUUACAAAAAUUUCAAAAACAAGACUCAAGUUGUCGUAAAGAGGGCUUGUCCUUAAAUUUUUCUUUUGUUAUCAGUAAAUUUAAUAGCCUGUACAUCUCUCAGGACAAAGGUUUUGGUGACGUUGGCUUUUCAAGGAUGAUAUGACUACGAUAAUGUUUAUGUAAUCGAUCAGCAUGUCACAUUGGAGACCUGGAGGCCUUUUCUGAAGUUCUAUUGUUGUAUGAGUUGUUCUAUGAGGUUAGUAUUAACAUGGAGGAAGAUGUUUUCUGAAGAAGUCAGUUAAAAGAAAAUACUGUAAAGGAGGAACUGCAUCUUCAUUUAAAGAACUGUUUGCUGACAAGAAAAAGCCGUUACAUGUGUGGGUGAGCCAACCCCUGAUACAGUAUAAACUAAUUACCAAAAUCUUGAGUUCUGCUUUGCAGAUUUCCACUGAAGCUUGGUGUGUGGUGCAAUACAUUUGAAAACAUCAGACAACUUUGUUUUCAGAUGUAGUUUAUGCAUGUACGAUGCAUAAUGUAUACUGUAUUACAGUAUAAUGCAAUCCAGUACAAUAGCUUUACAAUGCAAUGUUCAGUUUUUGUUAAACCUCACUCAUGUAUUGAUUUACAUUACACUAAUGUAUUUGUUAGUUUCUGGUACUUUUUAAAUUGGGUUUUUUUAAUUUAUUUUUUAUUAUUGCAUCAUACUUUUUCUGAUUUACUCGUGAAUCAAUAAUUGCUGAGUAUUCAUAUACAUGAAUAUGAUCACAUUUUAUUAAUAAUAAACAUUUUUAUAGAAAAACUGGC